AGCACUUCUACCGUGUCAUCAAUCAUGAAACAUACUCUACUUGCCGCGAGCAUCCUCUUACCCUUCGUCCAAAGCAAGACUGCCGGCGAACUGUGUCGUGGCACGGCUGAGCUCUCCAACGACGGCAAUUGGUACUGCUCUGAGGUCCAGGCAAUCACGUACCGCAACAUCAGUCAGUCCGGCGUCUACAAUCGAACAACAUACGUCGAUCCUCGAACCGGGCUUUGUGGCCAUGAACGUAUUGACUAUUCUGGGACCGGACCGCGCACUCCAUUGUUCGGAGAUGUAUCGAUGCACCUACGCGGACCAAUGAAUGUUUCCCAACUCGCUGUCUAUCAACUCCCUAGUGAGGCUCUCAAACUACGGAGACGAGAUACUGUGCCAUUCUACAACCGUCGACAGGCACUGAAACAGCGACAAGCACCGACAAGUAGCCUCAACAUGGAUGAACAUUCCAACUCCCCUCAAGCUCCUUCAGUACCAACACUCGGCACAAGGACAGAGAAUACUACUAUGCAUUGCGGCUCCGUCGCAACAGUAACCACCACAAUCACCAUGACGGACUGCGAGAUGUUUCUUCCAAUAAGCACUUCCGAACCCCUUCGAAACACUAAUCACAUCGACCCUUCACUACCGUGUCUCCCCACGCCAGAGAUAUCUAGUCCAAACACCAAUAUCUCUAGCACGCCAACCCUCGCUUCCUCGACAUCGAACUGCACAUGCAAGAACUCUGCAAGCAUGGUCAAACACUCUGAACCAAGACCAGUCUCCGUCCCUACACCAUCACCCGUACAAACCUCACCUAUCAUUUCUCGGGAGGAUGUGCAUGUAGCUGUGGCGGCGUGGAAUCGUGUCGCAUACUACACUUCCACGGCACCUGCCCAGGCAACCGGCUUCUCCUUUCUCGCAAACCUAGGAGAUCCGCAGAAGUCGGGCACGUUCGACUACGCAUUUGGCAAUUCUCUCGCGUACGUAGCCCCCAACGGUGGCAGAGUUGCGUCCGAGAGCAUGCCCUUUGACGGCAAGCUGGACACCUCAGAACUCGAGAUUGCAGUCUUCUCGGACAAAGAGUGCGAUGACGGUUGUCUGUACUCAAGACCGGAUGCUACGUCGCAUUAUGGCUGGUCGGGCUCCUCCAAAGCCUUCAUCGUAGAAUUCCAGAUGGACCACUACGCCAACCGCGGUACCGACCAAGGCCUGAUCUCUGAUGCACCCGCAUGGUGGUUCCUCAACGCAGCCAUCCCACGGAUUCUCCAAUACGGCAAUGACCGCAACAACAUCCCCUGCUCCUGUUGGUCAACCGGCUGCGGCGAGUUCGACGCGUUUGAAGUGUUGGGGAAUGGAGCGGAGAGGGCGAAGAGCACGCUGCAUCGACAGGGCAAUCUGCAGGGGGGCGAUAGCAACUAUUUCAGGAGACCCGUAGGGAGGAAGAUGAAGUUUGCAGUGGUGUGGCAUUUUCCCCAUAUCACAGUGAGGGUGGUGGAUGACGGAUUCAAGUUUGGGAGCACGUUGACGCAGGAGCAGGUUGGGGAUUUGGUGGAGUAUGACGAGGAUAGUUGGGUGCAUUCGCUUUUUCCAAUUGGGGAUUGAGAGUGCGUUUGGUGUUGGGGCUUGAGAUGAGCAUGUGUGGCUAUGUC